AUGGCUAUUGGCUCGAUAUUGAUACUACAGAUCACGCCGAAAACGAAUGAAAAAUAAAAAAGGGUCAUGCUGGAUAUGCAUGAUAUAAAUAAGAUACAACCGUGAUUCAGCCACGAUAUAAAGCCACGAUUCUGCAGAAUUCGAGGCAUUUACCGUUCUCGCAGUUCGCAGUGAAAAUAUUUAAUCGCGAUUUGUAGUCAGCAACAUGAAUAGUGUGCUCGUUCUAAGUCUGAACUUAUUAUUCUUCGCAUUACCAUACGAAAGUACAUGUGGAUUCGUGAACGUAUAUCCGAAACUGAAGGAAUUUCGUCUCGCUGAAGGUGAGGAUGCUGGUACACCGCUUUACCUGACGCCUUUAAUAGAAAAUGGAAAAAUCGAAGAGGCGCGAGCGAAGGCUAUCGUUCAAGACAAGGAGAUGGGCGAUGUUAGCAGUUACUCAGGUUAUUUCACAGUUAAUAAAGAGUACAAUUCCAAUCUUUUCUUCUGGUUCUUCCCAGCUAUGCAUAAUCCAAAGACCGCACCAGUAGUAUUAUGGUUACAAGGUGGACCAGGUGGAUCUUCAAUGUUUGGUCUUUUUCUGGAAAAUGGCCCAUUUAUUGUAACUGCUAAUAAAACUUUAAAAAUGCGGAAAUACUCAUGGACCUUGGCACACAAUGUAAUAUACAUUGAUAAUCCAGUUGGUACUGGCUUUAGUUUUACUGAUAACGAGAAAGGAUAUGCCAGAAAUGAAACAGAUGUAGGGAGAGAUAUUCAUACUGCCUUGGUACAAUUUUUCCUGUUAUUCCCAGAGUUACAAAAUAAUGAUUUCUUUGUUACUGGCGAGUCAUAUGCUGGGAAAUAUGUGCCAGCAGUGUCUCAUGCCAUUAAAGAUUACAAUAUCAAAGCAGAAACAAAAAUUAACUUGAAAGGUCUAUCCAUUGGCGAUGGAUUAUGUGAUCCAGAGAACCAAUUGCUAUAUGGCGAUUAUUUGUAUCAAAUCGGGCUAGUAGAUCGAAAUGGACAGGCCGAAUUCCAAAAAUAUGAACAACAAGCCCGCGAGUUUAUUAAACAGAAGGAAUUCAUCAAAGCGUUUGAGAUUUUUGAUAUACUCCUUAAUGGCGAUUUAAGUGGCACUCCAUCUCUAUUUCACAAUUUAACUGGUUUUGAUUAUUAUGAUAACUAUUUACAUGUAAAAGACAACAAUGAUUCUGAUUGGAUGUCCGAGUGGAUUCAGAGAGCCGAUGUAAGAUAUGCUAUACAUGUCGGUAAUAAUACUUUUCAUGUUGAAGCCAGCAUUGUCGAAGAGUAUCUAAAAGAAGACGUCAUGCAAUCUAUAGUAGUUCUUUUAAUAGAUCUUCUGAAACACUAUAGAGUGCUCAUCUACAAUGGACAAUUGGAUAUCAUUGUGGCAUAUCCGCUCACUGAGAAUUAUCUACAGAAGUUGCAAUGGUCUGGAGCAGACAAAUAUGCGAAAGCGCCAAGAAAGUUGUGGAAGGUUGGAAAUGAAUUAGCAGGCUAUACAAGAAAUGUUGACAAUUUAACGGAGGUUCUUGUACGAAAUGCUGGUCACAUGGUUCCUUCUGAUCAGCCAAAAUGGGCAUUAGAUCUAAUCACUCGUUUCACACAUAAUAAGAAAAUUUAAACAGUUAACAAUUGUUACAUAGGAUAUAUGUGAUAAAAGCUCUCUGCAGAUUUUAAUAAUAAACAUGUAUAUAUACAAGUAUGUAUAUGGAUACACAUUUAAUAUGUGAACAUAAGGCAAUGUACCAAUAAUAUUAAAAUACUCUAAAAAGUUUUACAAAGUCAAAGAUAAAUACAGUAGAUUUAUGUAAUAGAAAUUAAUAAAUUUAUUAAGAAA